UUGUCAUAAAUGUGUUAUUUUUUUAAAUUUUAAAUGUUCUUCUUUGAAUAAACUGAUUAAAACAAAAUUUUGAAUCGGAUAAAAUGUGUUGUCCUGUAAAAUGGUUUUUGAUUUAAAUACCACCAAUAAUCUUCCUCAAUCCAGCACAAGCAGUUGCACGGACUAUUUUUUUGAUGGAUGCCAAAGUAAAAGUCAGAAUAAUUGCCAAAGCCAAUACCAAAAUUGCCAAUGUCGUCCCUGCUGUGUAAAUUCUAUGAUAAAUGACCACACCUAUUCCUUAUUAAAAAAAAUAUGCAGAAAAGUUAUAAGAGAUUAUCAUCGGCAAAAAAGCCGAGAAAAAUACACAAUAUUCGAUGGUGGAAACAGUAUCAAUGUUAGGAUACAUCGAUCGUCCGUUGGCGAAGCUGGAAUAUGUCAACACCUUAAUGGUGCCUCUAGCUUUUCUACAAUAGCCAAAACUGGACGAAAGGACGUAGCCCAGGGUAAGGAUGUUAGGGAAAGUAAAUAUGAAGAUCGUAGAGAAGGAAGAAAAGAUGGGAGUAUUUCAGACAAAAGUGGCAAGGGAGCCGGAUCAAAGAAACAUGGUGAAAAGGAGAAACUUAGAAAGAGUCAGUACGACAUUUCUGAUACAAAACGGGCUAAGAAGAAAAGAUCAAAAGAACAAGAUUAUGAUGAUGAUGACAGUGGAAAGAAUGGAAAAGGACGAAAGGGAAAACAAAAGGAUAUUGAUGAGCAGAGUGUAAAUGGAAAGGGUAGGAAGGGGAUAAGAGGAAAGGGAGUGGAAGACGAAGAUGAUUUUGACGGCAUGGGAAAACAUGAUAAAGGAAGAAAAUACAAAAGUCCAAAACAAAGUGCCAUAGGGGAUGAUGAGGCAUCUGCAAGAAAAAAAGGUAAAGGUAAAACAACUACCGAUGCCGAUAAAGAAAGAAGUAGUAAAAGUGGAAAAGAAGGGCAUGGACGAAAACAGAAAGGUUCAACUGGUGAUGGAGAUGAAGAUGAUGGUGAUUCGUUCAAUACUAAAAUAAGAAAGGAAAAAUCUGAAAAAGACAAACGAGCAAGAGGAAGCAGAGAUGAGGAUCGCACACUCGUUAAAACAAAAUUAGAUAAAAGCAAAAAUAAAGAGCGUGAAGAUAAUGAGGAAAGUGGAACUGUGAAUGAAGGAAAACGAAAGCAGGGAAACGAUCAAAAAGAUAGAGCAAUCGGCAGCGCUGCCACAGAAAAAUUUGAUGGAAAGAAAAAACCACGCGACGAUAAUACAGCAGAUGAGCGCAAUUAUGAAGACAUGGGCCAGAAAAAAGGUCAUUUUGGUAGUGCUAGAGGCGAUCAUGAUGGAAGCAGGGAUGGUAAGGACCCAGAAAGUAAAGGCAAAUCCAGCAGAGAAAAACGAAUAACCAAUAGAUAUCAGGAACUUAAGGAUAAUCAGAGAGCAAGUGCUAAAGAUUUCGCUGACGGUGACCGUAAGCGACCCUUACGAAAAAAGAAAGAUAUCUCCGACCUGCCGAUAAUAUCAGAUUUACGAACGAAAGUCCGUAAAGGUCAUGCCAUAAUUCCGGUUCAUAAAACCUCCAUCAGUAAGGAUAUUUAUCGUUUGCGGUCAAUUCAAGACGAGCGAAUCAAAAUGAGAGUAGGCAAACGUGGAAAAAAGCAAUACUCUAAAGGUAUCAAAGAUGAUAUUAAUGAACGACGUGGUGCGAGAAGAAGAAGAAAAUAUCAUCGUUCAUCGCGUGGGUUUGGGGGCCGCUUUGGCGCACAUCGUGUGCAUAGAACUGGUAUGACAAGUCGAUGUGAUGAGAUUAGGCCGUGCGAUAUACUUCGUGCUCAUAUGGAACAGCGCGAGCUAUGCGAAAGGCAAAGAUGUUGCUGUAUGCCAUGCUCUUGUGAUUGCAGUGCUGUUUAUUGCCGUAACCCAUCUACGAUUUGUUCUCGCAUUUGUUAGAAAAUAUUCUACAACUAUAUUUCGUGAAUUGUAAUUAUGUAAAAAAAAAUCUUCACAGGAAUGUAAAUUGCUAGUGAUAUAUGUAAGUUUUUAUAAAUAUCAAAGGAAAUCAAAUAUGUGUAGAAAGGAAA